AGCUCUGCCUACCUUUUGGCUUUUCGAUGAUAGCUCGGGGGGCGAUGGCGGUGCCUCUGCCCGAUAGUGUUUCAGUGUCGUUCGACGGCCGUCGCUUGAGAGUGGCUCUGGAUCUUCACCCGGCCUAGCUGAUGAUGUCACGGGCAUAGAAACUUGUUGUGGGGUGGUUAUUAUGCAAAUUAGCAGCAGUGACACAUCGGCUUUCUCCCGGACAACAAUACAGAAUUUUUCUUAGCACGGGGGAGCCUCCCGUGCUCGUGUAAGGGAAUCCUCUUAAGCGGGUAAUCUGCGUCCCAUCUGUCGCCGCUCACGUCUGACCUGGGUCAACGUGCCGCUUCCGCCGUUAUUAUGGGACAUCUGAAGAGGCUCGAAGCCAGCAGAAGACACCCCAGGGCUCCCGCCGCUGCUGCUGCUGCUGCUGCUGCGGGCCAUGCUGCUGUCUCCUCAGGCGGAGAGGAACUGGGAGCAAGUGUGCUCGGUGCUGCAAGAAGCGCUGGAGGAGCAGUCCCACCGGCAGCUCUUCGCCCUGGAGCUGGGCUCCGGAACCGGGCAGCACGUCAUCCGCUUCGCCCAGAAGAUGCCCUUCGUCACCUGGCAGCCGUCGGACAUCCAGGAGGAGGCCCGGCAGAGGUAGGAACAGUUUGGCGGUUUCUGGCACUGGAUCGAUACCUCCAAUGCAGCAUCAGGGCGUACAUCGUCGCCACCAACCUGACGACGGUUCUGCCGCCUGUGCACCUGGAUGCCAGCGAACCUUGGGAGAAGUGGGCGGGGGUCCCUCGUGGCUCCUGUGACGUCAUUGUUGCCAUUAACCUACUGCAGUACAGCACCUUCAAGACAGCACAGGGUGUUUUCAACGGGGCAGGUCAGGUCAUCAAAGAAAAUGGUCUCUUGGUGACAUAUGGGGCGUACGCCAUUAACGGCACCAUUACGCCACCAUGCAACCAACUCCUUGAUGAAGAGCUUCGCAAAGUGAAUCCCGAGUGGGGACUUCCGGACGUGGACGUGCUCCGACAGCUGGCCUACGGAAACGGGAUGCGCAUGGAGAGGAUGGCCGAGAUGGAAGAAUGCUACAAAUGUCUCAUCUUCAGAAAAAUAUAGACAUAUGCAUCACUGUACUCUUUAUUGACAAGAAAUAAAAGUGCAACGAUCCAAA